AGGAAAAAUUGUUAUAUUGAGUAGUCACUUUGAAUGCUUAGGAGUUACAGUCAAAUAUCCAAACACUGUGGAGUUACACUGCAUUUAUUAUUUUCUCAAGUAUUUAACACACUGGGAACUGACUCUGCUGUAUACAUCAUGUCCAAGAAGGAAUGAUAAUAGUGAACUUAAAUAAGAAGAACCUUGGCAAUGGCCUAUGAAGAGGAACAGCCUUCUGCAGGAGUCAGGUUUGUCUGCCUCGCUGUUGAUAUUUAGCACCAGAGAAGCGGAGAAAGUUAUUGAAGGUAUCAUGCCACAUAAGUGGGAGAACGAUAGGAAAAAGGGCAGCACCACCAGCUCUCUGAAGAUGGAUCGAAAGAGCAAUGCUGGGAACAGGAAGUCAAGAAAGUUUCGCUCCAUUUCAAGAUCACUUAUAUUGUGCAACGCCAAAAACAGUGAUGAUGGGUCAAGUCCCGAUGAGAAAUGCCCUGAUCCCUUUGAGAUCUCUACUAGCUGGGGUCAAGAGGAUUUUGACUGCUGCCCUAGAACACAACUGCCAUGCACAACAGAGACAGAAGACAGCCCACCUGAUCCUCCACGUGUGAUCACCAGCAUAGUCCAGUCCAAGGCUACAGCAAAUGAGAACUGCAACAACAUGAGAAGAAAGUUACUCAUCAAGGACAGCUGCAUCUGCAGAUUGUGUACAACCACAGGGAACAGCAGCUCAGGAAUCAAUCUCUCUAGGAAUCCAAACUGUGCACCUCUCUGGAAAGGGUUCACAGGCUGCAAGGUAUCUGCUGGAAGCACAGCAAACAGGGAUGGUUGUCUGAGCCCAAGGGACGAACUGUUAACACUAAAUGGACAAUCACUUAAAGAUCUGUCUGGCAAAGAGGCUGAAAGUCUCAUUCAAUCAUCAACACGGCUGGUGAACAUAGUGAUGGCUAGCAAAGAAAUGUCAACCUGUAAGGAAAGACCUUUGGAAAUACAAAAUGGUUGUUUUUUGCACAGUAAAGCCACGUGUCAACGGACUCGCAGUAACUCAACCAGCAUAAACCCGUACUGGACAGGGGAGACAGACUGCACCGCGCCCCGGAAAGCUGUGCCCUUCAGAGAUCGGCAGCCCCAUGCUCUCCAUACCAGUCGGAAAUCACUUUCCCAACAGCUGGACUGCUCUGGAGGGAGAACCCCAGCAAUUUCAAGGCCGUCUAGAUCACUAAGUACAGCACAGCUAGUGCACACAUCUUGUGGCUCACAGGCUUCAGUAAUCUCAAACAUCGUACUGAUGAAAGGACAAGGGAAGGGUCUGGGCUUCAGCAUUGUUGGAGGGAAAGACAGCAUUUAUGGGCCAAUAGGCAUCUAUGUCAAAACCAUCUUUCCUGGUGGAGCUGCUGCUGCUGAUGGAAGGCUACAAGAAGGUGAUGAAAUCCUAGAACUGAAUGGAGAAUCAAUGCAUGGAUUAACACAUUAUGAUGCUCUACAAAAAUUCAAGGCCAAAAAGGGUCUUCUGACGCUUACAGUCCGGACGAGCUUCAGCACACCACAUUCUGCUUCCAGCUACUUGUCACCCCACUUGUGUCAGUCACUGAGCUCUAGUAUAUGCAUAACCAAAGAAAACAGCUCUUUCAGUUCAGAAAGCACAACAUUCUCAUUAAAUGCUACAAAGCCCAAUGACAGGGUAAUAAUGGAAGUUAGCCUCAACAAAGAGCCAGGUGUUGGCCUUGGAAUUGGAUUGUGUAGCAUCCCCUACUUCCAGUGUAUUUCAGGGAUUUUUAUUCACACCCUUUCACCAGGUUCUGUGGCGCAUAUGGAUGGGAGACUCAGGUGUGGAGAUGAAAUUAUUGAAAUUAAUGAAGCAUCAGUACAAAAUAUGACUCUUAAUGAAGUUUAUGCCAUGCUGAGUCACUGUGAUCCUGGUGCAGUGCAAAUUAUUAUCAGCAGACACCCUGAACCACAGGUAUCUGAGCAACAGCUAAAAGAAGCUGUUGCACAAGCUGUGGAAAGCAACAGAUUUGGAAGGGAUAGACACCAAUGGAGUACUGAAGGUGUUAAAAAACUAGACACAAGCUGGCAUGGAAGACACCCAUGUGAAAAACAUAUUGAAAAGAACGCUUCAUAUUGCAACCGCAGGGCACAGAAGCUAAUGACCCGCUCCAGCAGUGACAGCAGCUACAACCCUCGGUCCUUGUGUAAUAAUGGAGCUGCAUACCAAUUGUGUGACUUGAAAGAAAGGGUACAUAGCGUUGAUGUGCCAAUUACAAGACAGCCUGGCCUGCUGUACUCAUUGUCUGGAAAUAGUUUGGAAAGAAAUUCCCCUCCUACUUGUAGUGAAGGAGGUCGACCCUUGCAAAAUGCUAAGAAACCAACAGAGAUUCUUGUUAGAAAACCUAAAUCAUCAAAGCCCAAACCUCCACCAAGGAAAUAUUUUAAGCAGGACUGCACAGGAAACGACCAGUGUAAUGCAGACAGAAAUGAAAAGCUUGUAUCCGAAGUGGCUGUAUCACCUUCUGCAAACCUUCAGCAGGAAGUUAGAGAACCAAUGCUAGAGGGACAUCAAACAGACGUAACUCACAGUGUCUUCACCACUUCUCCUACAGCAUAUCAUGCUGAACACACAGCUGCUGUUCCGGCGGGCAGAGAUCAAGAAAGAAAAGCAAAUUUAGGAAGUCUACUUGCAUCAAUACAAAGGCCCGUACUUAAGAGGCAAGCACGGGUAGAUUAUACUCUUGAUACAACAACAGAAGACCCUUGGGUUAAGAUUUCUGACUGCAUAAAAAGUUUAUUUAAUCCUACAAUGAGUGAAGACAACAGCCACUUAGAUUUGCAACCUGGCAUCAAUACAAAUGAAGAAAAUCAAAACCGAAGCAGCUCAGAGGCGGUUCUGCAGAAAUCAGAAUCAGAAAUAGUCAGUUCAAAAGUGCUAAAAUCAGAUGAAAAUGACAUUGUGAAAAAGGGUCCUCCUGUUGCACCUAAGCCAGCCUGGUUUCGCCAAAGUCUGAAAGGACUGAGGAAAGCAAAUUCAGACCUGAAAACACAGGCAGAUCAAAGUCCUCCUGGCCUUCAGAGUAUUUCCACCAAAGAACUGCAAUCCAGUUUAACCUGUCUCUCUUCCAGGGGAUCAUCAAUAAAACAAAGAAUAAGCUCAUUUGAAUCUUUGAGUGCUCCGCAGUCACCUGAAAAAGUACACCGAAGGCUUAGCCUGAAAACAUCAGUCCAGAAAGAGCACCCUCCCAGCCCAAAAGGGUCAGAGGGGUCUCCAACCCAUUUCAACCAAGCCUUUCUCCAAUGCUCUGAAAAUAGCCAACAACAGUCAAAGUCAUCUGUGGUCAUGGGUACAAAAAGCCUAGACAGAACUUUCUCUCCCAAGGAGGACCUUGCAGCUAGCUCAGAAGAAAGCAACAAUGCCAACCCUGAAAAAUCCUCAGGCCUUUUAACUACAGAAGCCAUUGCAACUUCCCGUGCAUUAUCAGUAACAAAAGCACAUAACCUAAGAUCACGAAGCUUUCCACUUACCUCUACCCAGUCCUGUGAGAUGAUGAAGACAUACGAUGAAAAAUAUAGCAAAAUUUAUUCCAUCAGUAGCCAGGUGUCAUCUGCUUUAAUGAAAUCUUUGCUUUGCCUUCCUCAGUCCCCAGUCCCUUCGGGAAACAGUGCAUGGGAAGCUCUGGAAAACUUGUCUCAGUCCUCUGUGGAGGAGGAUGGGACUUCCCUCUUACCUGCAAGUGAGAAUCAUCACAUGGACACCGGAUUUUCUCUAAACCUUUCUGAGUUGAGAGAAUACACUGUGAGCUUAGCAGACAGUGAGAAAGAGGAAGAGAAACAGGAACACGGCUCACCUCAAGCAUCCGGUGUGUCAGGGCAGUCCGUCAUCUCUCUGCUUUCCCCUGAGGAGUUAGCAAAGCUUAUAGAGGAAGUAAAAUCACUAGAUGAAGCAACCUUAAAGGAAUUUGAUGAUAUUCAUGUUACAAUUCUGCAUAAAGAGGAAGACACUGGGCUUGGAUUCAGCCUGGCAGGGGGCGUUGAUCUAGAAAACAAAGUGAUAACAGUUCAUAAAGUAUUUCCCAAUGGACUGGCAUCUCAGGAAGGAACCAUACAGAAAGGAGAUGAAGUACUGUCCAUUAAUGGAAAGUCCCUUAAAGGUGCAACUCACAAUGAUGCCUCAGCAAUCAUGCGACAGGCUCGACAACCCAGACAAGCUGUUGUUGUCACUAGAAAAGCUAAAGAUGGAGAAAAAAGCAGCAUUUCAAUUGAUUCUAGUACAUCUUCAGUAGCAAGUGAUGCCUCACAAGACUCUGCAACCGAAGAUACAAUCUGCACUGUAACUCUAGAAAAAACACCUGCUGGUUUGGGAUUCAGUCUGGAAGGAGGGAAGGGCUCUAUUCAUGGAGAUAAACCCAUUGUCAUCAACAGAAUAUUUAAAGGGACUGCAUUAGAACAAAGCAGCACUGUUCAGCCUGGUGAUGAGCUAUUACAAGUGCACACAACUGCCAUGCAAGGACUCACUCGUUUUGAAGCAUGGAAUAUAAUCAAGGCAUUACCUGAUGGGCCCAUCACAGCUAUCAUCAAGAGAAGGAAUCCAAGCUCUGUUACCACCAAGGCAUCUGAAACUUUGUAAGAGGAGUAAUUAGACUACUGCCAACAUUACCAAAAAAAUAAAGAAAAAAAAUGGGUGUAGGGGUUUAUCAUUUGGCUAGCAGAGAAGAUAUUCAGAAAGUAUAUAUGAAAAGCACAUACAAUUUUACUGGCAGUUACAGAGAAAGCUGUUUGGGAUAAAAUGCAAAGAUGUGCACAAAACUUGCAGUAUUACUAUUUCAACAUUCAGAAAUAGUUGUUACAAAUUGUAGAAUGAUAAAAAUGACUUUAUUAAUAAUAUACUGGUUGUAAUAAAAUGUGACAGCUAUA